GGGAAUACGUUGAUCCUGCCAGACCAUCCCGACUUCCUGUGGAAGGAGAGAAGUGUUUUACACGAUUAUCUAUCCGAGGCCUACGUUUAUACUCUAACGGGCAAUGGCUCUCCUCGUCACCCUGUGAUGUCUAACUAGCCAGGGAGUUUAUUUAGUAAGUUAUCACAGGACGUCAACAAAGCCAGCACUUUAAUUAGACGUCCUGCUGUCACCCGGUUUGCGUUAAUUCGGCUACACUGUUAGCCGGAGGCGCAAGCUAACGCUAGUCGUUCGCAUUAAGAUUCUCUAAUUGUGAUCCCGGUGUCUAUUUCAAGAUGUCAAGUACGGGGUUCAACUCUCGUAACGGGACAGGGCAGACCUAUGCAAACGGUCCUUCCCAGAACCCAGGAAUGGGCUUCAACAUCGGUUCCCAAGCGCCAUACAGUCCAAUGCCGACCAAGGGCCCAGUGGCCCCUGGAGCUGGACUCUACAAUUCUGGUCCUUACCAGCCAGGCCCCCCAGCAGGCCCUUACCAGCCCGGGCCCCCUGCUGGUGCCUACCAGCCCGGGCCCCCUGCUGGGGCCUUCCAGCCUGGCCCCCAAGCGGGUCCCUACCAGCCGGCUGCACCCGUCAGUUCAUACCAUCCUCCUCCAGGCCAGCCCCCGUUGACCAGACCCCCAAUGGGAGGUCCGCCACCAACGCUCACCCCCCCGCAGUCCAGCAGCCCCGCUCCCAGGAUGCCCCACGCGCAGGCUACUCCUCCACCCCCUGCUGCCAUGUCGCACAACUACUACCCAAACCAGCCGCCGCAGCAGUCGCCGUCCCCUGCCUGGCAGUACGGCGCCGCUGCCCCCCCGGCCGCAGCACCACACGGAGCCAUGAGGGCACCCCCGUCCGGCCCGGUGGGUAACCACGUUGGGCCGAUGAACCCAGCGGCUACACUACUCCCUCCCCAGCCGUCGCCCUCCUCAUCGGCGGGAUAUGCACCCACACCACUAGCUCCCGUCCCGCACAGCACUGCGCCUGGCUCCGGACCGGGGCCUGUCCCCCUCCACGGAUACACUCAGCCAGGAAAUGCUUCAACUCCCCCCCCCAUGGCCCCCCAUCCAUAUCAACCAGCCAGUGCCCCCUACGGGGCCCUGCCCACUGGACACGCCAUGCCUCCUAUGGGACCCCCGCCUAUGGGCAAUGCUACCCCUCCACCCCCCAAGGCCGAGGCUCAGUGCGAGGGGAGUGCAGCGAGCACUGAGCCCCCCAGCGAGCAGGGGGACAUUGAGUGUCCAGGCCCUUCAGCCGGCAAUGGCCACCAGGCUCCAUACGCCUUUAAUCAUCUGGAGAACAAAAUGGCCGGUGCUCCUCAGUCCGGCCCCCCCGGCAGACACCUGGGCCACUACCCGUCCCUCCCUCCAGGGUACAAUAACACGCCCGCGUCCCAGGGCGCCGCGCCCCCAAUGCACCCUCCCAUGCAGACGGCCCCGUCGCAAUACCCCCCGCAGCCCCAGCUCUACCAGCAGCCACCAGGUGGGCCCGGCCUGGCACAGAUGAGCUCCUCCCUGGCCUCUCUGAGCCUGCAGGGCAACACGCCCGAGGCCCUGAGGGUGGUCAACCUGCUGCAGGAGAGGAACCUGCUGCCCGCCGGACCCAUCCCCGCCCCCACGCCCCCCCUGCCCCAGGACCUGCAGAAGGUCAACUGUAACCCAGAAGUUUUCCGAUGCACCUUGUCCAGCAUCCCUCAGACGCAGAGCCUGUUGAACAAAGCCAAGCUGCCCCUGGGUCUGCUCCUCCACCCGUUCAAAGAUCUCUCGGUAACUCUGCAACUCCCCGUGGUGACGUCCAGCACCAUCGUGCGCUGCCGCUCCUGCAGGACCUACAUCAACCCCUUCGUGUCCUUCCUGGACCAGAGGAGGUGGAAGUGUAACCUCUGCUUCCGGGUCAAUGACGUGCCGGAGGAGUUCAUGUACAACCCCAUCAGCAGGUCUUACGGCGAGCCUCAGAAACGACCCGAGGUCCAAAAUGCCACCAUCGAGUUCAUAGCGCCCUCUGAAUACAUGCUGCGGCCCCCCCAGCCUGCCGUUUACCUCUUCGUGCUGGAUGUGUCCCACAACGCAGUGGAGACGGGCUACCUCAACGUGGUCUGCCAAUCGCUGCUGGACAACAUCAGCGCGCUCCCCGGCGACACGCGCACUAAGGUUGGCUUCAUCACCUUCGACAGCACCAUCCACUUCUACAACCUCCAGGAGGGGCUGUCCCAGCCACAGAUGCUCAUCGUGUCGGACAUCGAAGAAAUAUUUUUACCAACGCCAGACAGCCUUCUAGUGAACCUCAAUGAAUGCAAAGAGCUGGUGCAGGACCUGCUCAAGAGUCUGCCCCACAUAUUUGAGAAGACCAUGGAGACCCAGUCGGCCCUGGGCCCCGCGCUGCAGGCGGCCUUCAAGCUGCUGUCGCCCACCGGCGGCCGCGUGUCCGUCUUCCAGACCCAGCUACCAAGCAUGGGCGUGGGGGCGCUCAAGUCCAGGGAAGACCCCAACCAGCGAGCCUCUGCCAAGGAUAUUCAGCACUUAGCCCCCGCCACAGACUUCUACAAGAAGCUGGCUCUAGACUGCUCGGGCCAGCAGGUGGCCGUGGACCUGUUCCUCCUCAGUGCUCAGUAUUGUGACCUGGCAUCGCUAGGAUGCAUAUCCAGGUACUCUGCAGGAAGCGUGUACUACUACCCCUCCUACCACCACCAGCAUAACCCCGCCCAGGUGGAGCGCUUCGAGAAGGACCUCAAGCGGUACCUCACCCGCAAGAUCGGCUUCGAGGCCGUGAUGAGGAUACGCUGCACCAAAGGUCUGUCCAUUCACACCUUCCAUGGGAACUUCUUUGUGCGUUCCACGGACCUGCUGUCCCUGCCCAACGUGAACCCGGACGCGGGCUUCGCGGUGCAGAUGUCCAUCGAGGAGAACCUGGUGGACAUGCAGGUGGUGUCCUUCCAGGCCGCGCUGCUCUACACCUCAAGCAAAGGAGAGCGCAGGAUCCGCGUCCACACCCUCUGUCUCCCCGUGGUCAACUCCCUGACCGAUGUCUUCGCUGGAGCGGACGUUCAGGCUGUCACCGGGUUGUUGGCUAGCAUGGCUGUGGACCGCUCCGUGUCGGCGAGUCUGGGCGACGCCCGGGACGCCAUGACCAACGCGGCCAUCGACUCGCUGGCGUCGUACCGCCACGCCGCGUUGACCAUCCAGCAGCCCGGCCUGCUGGCCCCCGCCUGCCUGCGCCUCUUCCCCCUCUACGUCCUCGCGCUGCUCAAACAGAAAGCCUUCAGGACAGGCACCAGCACCCGGCUGGAUGACCGGGUGUUCUCCAUGUGUCAGCUCAAGUUCCAGCCCCUGGUGUACGCCAUGCUGAUGAUCCAUCCCACCCUCUACCGCGUGGAUGACCUGUCAGACCAGGGUGCUCUGAACAUCAGCGAGCGCACCAUCCCACAGCCCCGGGAGCUGCAGCUCUCUGUGGAGAAGCUGUGUCGGGAAGGGGCCUUCCUCAUGGACGCUGGAUCGGUGAUGCAUCUAUGGGUAGGAAGGAGCUGCAACCCCUCCUUCCUCACUCAGGUCUUGGGCGUCCCGGACUAUGCUGCCUUGCCUCAGAACAUGUACCAGCUCCCCGAGCUGGAGACGGCAGAGUCACAGAGAACCCGGGCAUUCAUCGGCUGGCUCCGGGAGCAGAGGCCCUUCUACCCGAGCCUCCAUAUCAUCAGGGACGACAGCCCGCAGAAGGGGGACUUCAUGCAAAACAUGAUCGAGGACCGGACCGAGUCGGCUCUGUCCUACUACGAGUUCCUGCUGCACAUGCAACAGCAGAUCUCCAAGUAAUAGACUCUCGCCGGAGCCACAGGAAGACACGGAGGCUGUGUGUGUGUGCUUGCGUAUGUGUGGUGUGAGUGUCAUGAGAGUGUGUGUGGUAUGUGUGUGCGUGUGCGUUGGCAGGGCGAGGGCUGCGCUCGUUUCCAGGGCAAGCUCCUGCGCCACCUCCAGUUGUAGUCUGUCACAUCUUUCUUUUCCUCCGAUCCAUGAAAAUGCUCAGCAACCACAACGACAACCGUUCCUACGUGACUCAACAACCUGAUCCAACGCAAGCAUUCAUUCAAAGAAACCAAAUAACGUUUAAUGGAUUGAGCACCUCAGAGAGAUGAAUAACGUGGAUCAUAACGCAUCGCACUCAUUGGAAUAAUGAAUUGUGGAGAAGGGGUGGGUGGGGUGGGGACAAGAAUUAAAAUCAAAAAUAAUAAUUAUAAUGAUGACGGCUCCGGUUGUAAAUGGUCAAGUGAAUCAGUGUUCAUGCUCUAAGAACAAUCUUGUGUACCGGCGUUGUUCAAAAAGCAGUUGGUGUGUGAUGUAACUUUGUUCCAGAAGCACAGUUGUCUUUCCUUAAUACAGACUAAUGCAGCUAGGUGGAAGAAGAAGAAGAGGAGGAGGAGGAGGAUGAUAAAAGAGUAUUUGGGCGUUCAAAGACUGUUAUGACACAAGUGUGCUUGUUUGUCUGUGAGUGGUACACCCUGGUUCUACCUAUAAGGAGGGCAAGUGUGCUUUGUAUUUCCUCAUUAUAAUCGUGUGUUCAAGGAAUCUUUGUUAGGUUUGGGGGAGGAGAGGGAAGAGACCAAGUACGUACAGAUGUAAACAGCCGUCUUCGCUGCCUUGAUUGUUUGAUUAAGCAAUGGAAAGUUGUCUCCCAGCACUUGGUUUAGAUCUGUCCUUUUCUGUCUCAAACACGUGCAUUCUUUCUCUCUAGAGAUUCAGAUCGCCUCGGAUGAUGUCUUGUUUUUGUUUAAUUUAUGAGACUCCCAAUGUGAUUAAAUUCUGUAAUUGCCUUGUAUGGGAAGUCACAUUUUAUUAUCAAGCCUCUGUUUGAAUACAGUCCGUAUAUAAGAAAUAUUUUAAUAUAAUAGGAUAUGGGAAAUUCUUUAACACAGACAUAACAAAGCCAUUGUUAUCUUUUAAUCAUACUUAUUGAUACUUGUAUAUUAAAGACUAUAUAAAAGUAA